AUGUUAUGGAUUACCAUUGCGCGGCGGAGCGAAAAACCAAACGAGAUGACGAGUACGACAGACCACCAACUAUCUUCCGAAGUCUUCAACGUCAAAUUCUUCAACGACGUGAUCCAAACCACCGUCACCCACGACCCCGCCAUGGCCUCCCGGUGGAUCUCCGGCGUCACAUCCCUCUACGGCCGCUACCGGAUGGUCGGCCUCGACGUCGAGUGGCGGCCCAACCGCCCCAGCCGCCCCGAUAACCCCGCCGCCACCCUCCAGAUCUCCGCCGGCCGGUUCUGCCUCAUCUACCAGCUCAUCCACUCCCCCUACUUCCCCCUCCACCUCGCCCAGUUCCUCUCGUGCUAUGGCCACGAUUUCGUCGGCGUCGGUGUCAAAUCCGAUCUGGAGAAGCUCUGGCGCGACCACCGGAUGGGUUACACCGCGAUUCCCGUCGAUUUGAGGGGGCUGGCGGCGGACGUGUACGGGAGCACGAAUCUGAAGAAGGCGGGGCUGCAGGAGCUGGCGAGGACGGUGCUCGGGACGGAGAUGGAGAAGCCCAAGGCGGUAAAGAUGAGCGCGUGGGAUAACCGGUGUCUGUCGCCUGAGCAGGUGCGCUACGCUAGCGUUGAUGCGUUUGUGAGCUUUCAGAUUGGUAGGGUUUUGUAUGCUCGUGCUGGUUUUUAG